GCUGGAGUUAAUGUGUGCCAUCGCCAGUCUCUCAAAGCACUUCAUGAUGAUAGAUGUCAAACCACUGGACAGUAGCCAUCAAGACACGCUACCUUACUUUUUUUUAUUUGACACCAGAAUAAUAGUAAUCUUCUUUAUACAGGUGGGGAACUCAAAAUGUAGUAUUGAGAGGUUAAAGAUGCCUGUGAAUACCUCUGUCAAGAUGUUCAGAGGAGGUGCUGGGGCCAUGGCCAGACACUCGAUCCGGGUCAGUUGCUUUCUGCAAAUUCCUUCUCAGGAAGACCAAUUGCACAUCUGACAGUAACUGUUGGUACGGGCACACUGAAGAUUGUCGGGGUGGGUGACGUUCUUUCACCGACUUUCUGUUCAAAGCGGGCAUAGACCUGAUAAAAGUAUAUAAAUUGAUGAGAGGCAUAGAUAGGAUAGACAGUAAGAGGCAAAGUUUAAAGGAGAUGUGCGGAGCAAGAUUUUUUUUGCAGAGUGAUGGGUGCCUGCAACAUGCUGCCAAGGGGUGUUGUUGUGGGCAGAUAUGAUAGUGGCUUUUAUAUAUGGUUAUGCAGAGAAUAUAUGGAUGAAUUGCAGAAAGAGAUGAUUUUAACGGCAUCAUGUUUAGCAGGGACAUUGUGGGAUGAAGGACCUGUUCCAAUGCUGUACUGUUCUAUAGGGACCUUCUCAAGAGUCAGAAGCAAUCCCCGCUGCUCUGCUCUGGUCCAGAUGGUCCAAAGACCAAGUUCCCUUGUGGAUGCAACACAUGCCUCUGUUCCUUUGGCAAACAGCAGCAGCAAUGUUGGCAAAUAAUUGGGGUUCAACUUCAUGCCAGAGCACGGUGAAUUUCAAAUGUUCUUUGUGCCAAAUAUAUCUGCUCAUGGAAUGCAGAAAACCAAAUGGAAUUAAAAUAAAUGGGGAAAUCUGUGAUGACCAAUGCACUUCUUGAAAACGCGUCAUCAUUCCUCACCCUCUGGAACUGGUCCUGGAAAAAUAUAAUUCCCUUUUUUUUGUAGUGCAGAUAAGAGAAAAGAGCUCGGUCUCCUAAUAAGGUUUGCCUUGCUUGUUAGGAGUGAGUGCAUCUGUAAUCCUUCUGAAACUGGAGCGGGUCGACGAUGAAAGGAGCAAGUUAUGUCCUUCCCGCCAAUGUUGGAGGGUAGCACGUGCUUUCUUUUGCUGUCUGUCCCUUUCUCUGGGGGGAAAAACACUUUUUUACCGUGAGGAGCUCUUUUAAAUCGAGUCGUCUGAUCCUCGUAUGAUUUACUUCCCACUCUGCCCUCCCCUCCCUCCCUUUCUCUCCGUUGUAAGAAAGAUCUGAGGUCUCUGCGCGCUGAAUCUCCUGCAACCCUUGAUGCGAACAUGUGGGGUGAAGUUUCAUGUGAGUGCCGCUUCCCUCCGGCCGCAGGCCAUUUGUAUCCAUCCCAAGCCCCGCUCAUCAGUCUGAGUGCGGAAUAUGUGGAGUCGGGUUUUAUCCUCUGUAAUCUCGGGCAAACAGGAAAUGCCUGAAGAUUUCCUCAUAGCUCCAACUCCGAGUGCCACGGAACUUUCGCGACUUGUCACUGGAGCAAGUUGCAUCCAAGCGGAUCAGACGGUUUUCUCUAUUGCUUUCUCUCUCAGGACAAGAAAAAUAAACUUACAAGGUUUUGUUGAUAAUAACAAUCAGCCAUGUCGCGGAAGCUUCAAUGUCCGGUUCUGAUCCUGGUUGUCGGUAUUCUGCAGCAGGCCAAUUCAUUCAACAUUGAUAUGAAAAGCCCUAUGAUAUUUAAUGGUUCACAAGGAGAUAUGUUUGGAUACACCGUUAAACAAUUUGAAAACAAAGAAGGAAAAUGGCUUCUAAUUGGUUCUCCUUGGGUAGGACAGCCCAAAUACAGAACUGGAGAUGUCUACAAAUGCCCAACAUUCAAGACCAACAAUCCAGAAUGUGUGAAACUUAACUUGGCAGAAUUCUUAACAGUCCCUAAAAUCACUGAAGUAAAGGAAAACAUGACACUCGGAAUAUCACUGACAACAAAUCCUAAUGGAGGCUUUCUGACUUGUGGACCACUUUAUUCUUACAAGUGUGGCGGCCUAUAUUAUACAGUCGGUGCCUGUUCGAACGUAAGCUCCACUUUUCAAGUUGUAAACACCAUAGCGCCUACAGUCAGAGCAUGCAAGUCACGACUUGACAUUGUGAUUGUACUUGAUGGUUCCAACAGCAUCUACCCUUGGUCCAGUGUUAACAAUUUCCUCAUCAAAUUAUUGGAAAAAAUUGAAAUUGGACGUCAGCAAACUCAGGUUGCAAUUAUACAGUAUGGCUACAAAGUCACACAUGAAGUCAGUCUCAACGAAUACAACACAACAGAAGAUCUCCUCGAAGUUGCUAAAAAGAUAAAACAAUGGGGUGGAAAUGAGACAAAGACAGCUCUUGGAAUUGAGUAUGCCAGGUUAGUACUCAAUUGCUUUAUAAUAUGAAUACUUGUAAAUGUA